AUGUCUCCUUCGGCUAUCAUCGACGAGUCCAACUUCCUUUCAGCAGUUGUUGGCGAAGCCAAGGCUGCUCCUUCUAGCCCAUGUCCACUGGCGCCAGGAAAAGGGGAAUUUCCUUCUGUCGAGUACUACGAUCAUCUUGCUAGAACCUAUGAGGGUGCUUUUUCCCACGACAUCGGUCUCCGAGUAUUCAUUGAAAGAACCCUUCUGGAACUACCCAACAACUCAAAAGUUCUCGAUAUUGGCUGUGGAACUGGCAAGCCAGUCUCAUACACGAUGGCAGCCCAUGGUCAUAAUGUUCAUGGUCUCGACCUAUCCGGCGCCAUGGUCGAUCUAUCCAUGAAAUGCGUUCCCACGGGCUCAUUCACACAAGCGGACAUGUUGUAUCAUACCCCUCAAUUCCAGAACAACACUCCUGACUUUGACGUCAUCUUUACCAUCUUCUCGCUCUUCUGCUUGUCUCGCGAAGAGAUGACUACAAUGGCCUCAAAGAUGUUCAGUUGGUUAAAACCAAACGGACUCUUGUGUAUCGGCACCAUCUGCGCCGAAGACUUCAGAACAACACCUUCGAUGUAUGAUGCGGAUGGAUUGUGCGCCACGGGUGUUGAAAUGAUGUUCAUGGGAUCAAAGUGUUCUUCCAUGACAGCAUUCACAAAGCAGGGUUGGAAAGGCCUGAUUGAGGCCGCUGGUUUUGAGAUAAUUCACACGAAGAGUGAUUUAUUCACGCCACGGCCCAGUGCAGGCAUUGCUUCCGAUGAUGAGAUGCAUUAUUAUAUUAUGGCAAGGAAGAUCUAA